UAGUCCAAAUUCUAAUGAGAAACACGACUUGCAAAAAUGAAAGAGAUAAGGAAAAUCCACGAAACUGAGAGAUCCGGAAAGCCCACCCGCGCAAUCGCCUCCGCGCGCACUGAAUUAUGUUCAUUUAAACGGGUUUCGAAGUAGACGCAGUAAGAAUCAUUGGCGACGCCAUUAAAGUCCUUCAAUUCUAUCGGAGCUUAAGCGCAAGUCAGGAAAGUCUAUCAAUAUCGGUCAGACAGAAAAUGGUGAGUUCGAAGGACGAUGCCACCACCGAUAACGACAAUUCCAGCGACGACAUCCCGGAAACGAAUUCGAGUGUUUACUCUGAAGGAGAGAAGGUCCUCGCUUAUCACGGCCCUCUCAGCUACGAAGCCAAGGUUCUAAAAGCAGAGCUUCGAAAGAAGGAAUGGAGAUAUUUAGUUCAUUACUUGGGUUGGAGCAAGAAUUGGGAUGAAUGGAUAGGUGCUGAUCGGCUAAUGAAGCUUACCAAGGAGAAUGCUAAGACACAGGGCAAGAGACAAUCUUUUGAUAAAAGUGCCAAAUCAGGGCGCUCUUCAACUCGAACUAAUCCUAAAAACUUAUCAGAUCCAAAAGUUGAUAAAGAGGACACUGAGUACCAUGUUGAAAAAGGGAAAAAACGGAAGGCUGACUCUGAAACAGAGAAAGACAUUGCACAUGUUGAGAAACUUGUCAAAAUUCCAAUUCCGUCCACUUUAAAGAAGCAGCUCGUUGAUGAUUGGGAGUUUGUAACCCAACAAAACAAGCUUGUCCAACUGCCCCGAUCCCCCAAUGUUGAUGAUAUACUUAAAAGAUACCUUGAAUACAGAGCAGAAAAGGAUGGCAUGAUGACUGAUACAGUUGGGGAAAUUCUCAAUGGGAUUCGCUGCUAUUUUGACAAGUCCUUACCUGUCAUGCUUUUGUACAAAAAGGAACGCCAACAGUAUCAUGAAGCAGUUUUAGCCAAAACCUCUCCAUCAAGUGUGUAUGGUGCUGAACAUCUCUUACGUCUUUUUGUUAAGUUGCCUGAGCUCCUUGCUUACCUGAAAAUUGAAGAAGAGACACUGUUGUGCUUGCAGCAGAAAUUGUUGGAUAUUCUAAAGUUUAUGCAGAAAAAUCAGGGUGCUUUUUUUAUUUCUGCUUAUGACACCAUUAAAGCUGGUGGUGGGGGAAGUGGUGGCAAGGGAAAGAACAAGUGAAUGAACAAACCCGAGCAAUCCUUUCUCUCCCUUUUUCAGUAUUUAAAGUCUGGUCAUGUUGUUUGUACCAUAACGCACUCUGUUAGUGGAAGAUAGAUAGAUAUAGUGCAAAUUUUUAUCCUUGUAGCUAUUUCCAAUUUUCAACCUAAUGCAAGGAUAAAUUUUCAUUUAUUGAGAUAUUUUACAUGAUCCUUUCCAGGCUUCCAUAUCCU